CGACAGAGUGGCCCAAGCUCAAGCAGGCCAGCAUAUCUGGCUAAAAGUUACCUACAAUGGCAAAUUUAUGAAUUGAAGAGUCAUGGGGAAACAUUGGACAGCGAUCGUUUUGACCUGCCAGAACGUAGACAGUGCUCACGCCUACCAAGAUGAGCUUACCUUACGACAGAGGAAAGGUCUGAUCCCUUCUGAUACCUUACUGCUGACUGUGGAGGAUCCCAAAGCUCAUGUUGGCAGUGGUGGAGCCACGCUGAAUGCUCUGCUGAUUGUGGCUGAACAUCUCAGUGCCAGGAGUCACUUUACGGUUGUGAAUUCAGAUGUUCUUAGUGAUGCCCAUGUCCUCAUCAUGCAUAUGGGGCGUGACUUCCCAUACAAUCCAUGUGGGAAGGCCUUCACCACUCUACCAGCCACCCUGACUGCAGACACUGCUGUUGGAUAUGAUGGAUUAUUCUGCAACUUAGACAGCCUGCUUGACACUAUGACCAGGAAGAUCUCCCUUGGCUCCCCUCCUGGAGUUUGGGUUUGCAGUACAGACAUGCUGCUGACUGUUCCCAACAUUCUAGAGGUGGACUGGACAGGGUUUACUGGGGUCUGUGCUGUAACAGUGGCUGCAGAUGUCAUCUAUGCCAGGAACCAUGGUGUUUUUAAGGUUAACCCUGAGGGCACAGUUGAAGACAUAGUGUACAAACCGUCCAAUGUUGGUAUGCAGGAGCUGGUUACUGCAGAAGGAACUGUUCACCUGGUGGCAGGUGUGGUGUUCCUGUCAAGUGGUGCAGCUGAAAGGUUGUUGACUGUACAUGUCACACCCCCACUGGACGCCUGUACUUACCUGGGAUUGGACAGUGGAGCUGAACCCAUCAAGCUUUCCCUGUUCUUUGACAUCCUGCUGUGCAUGGCUACUCUGGUGACGGAAGAGGCAUUUGUGUCAGGGGAUCGUAGCGGUCAGUAUGGUGGAACACCGAGACCAAGAAAUGAGCGAGAGGUCAUGACUAUGAGAAGUGCCAGAGCUCUGCUGUGGAAAACUCUACGGGGAAUCAAUGUGAAAGCAGUGUGCAUACCAAAUGGCCGCCACGACUACAUGACAGAAGAUGCUUCAGUACACCUGCAGCAUUUAGUGAAGUGUCCAUUGCAAUUGGACCCAAUCACCAACCUAACCUGGGCUCCCAUCACACAUUCUGCAAUACAGGAGGGCUGCACAGUUGCAGAUGGCAGUGUGGUUGUGAAUUCUGUGUUAGAAGGAGGAGUUCAUGUGAGCUCUGGGACUGCAGUCAACCACUGCCACCUCAAGGGCCACAUUUGUAUCCCUGAGGGGUGUUACCUGCAUGCCCUGGGUGAGGAGGUGUCUCAGGUUCUCCAGGCAACCAAGAUUGUGCCCAACACAGUACUGCAGUGCUUCCGUGUCAAACUGUUUGGAACAAACACAGCCACAGUUUACACUGUCUUUGGGACGAAGGAUGGGCUACAGGCAACUGCUGGAGGAGACAACACCUUUUGCAAUGAAUCCUGGGAUGUGUUCUUCCAGAGAACAGGGAUUCUGCGGGGGGAUUUAUGGGGUCCACACAUGCCAGAAGAUGAAUGCUGUCUGAUGAAUGCUAAGCUGUUCCCAGUGUUUCACCCUACCCAGCCAGUGGGCAUUGCUGAAGUCUUAUGGCUACUCAACAAUACUAAAGGAGUCUCUCUGUUGGACAGGUGGCGAGGGUCCUGGAGAGUCAGUCUUCAGGAGGUGUUGUCCAGUGUGGACCACUCUGCUGAGUUCAAGUGGAGAAGAGAUCUGUUCUAUAGUGUAGGGCAGCAUCGUGUGCAGAAGGUACUACUGAGUGGAAGGGAGGGUUGCCUCCUGCCAUUCUUCAAGUCUGCAGCAGUGGAAGGCUACCACAGACAGGUGUUGGUUGCACUGGACCAAGUGGCUUUGGAAUCAUGUCCACAGGUUGUGACUCAGACAGCCACCCCAGGCGUGACAGCACGUACGCUGGCGUGUAUCGCUGAUGUGCUGGGCAGCCUGGCAGGGCAGCAGUGGGGCCUCAGGAGUGGACCUGCUGCCAACAAGAUGUGGCAACCAGCCUACCAACUUCUAGAGGCAGGGGAAUAUGCAGCUGGUAUACAGGCAUUGGCACUGGAGAGGGAAUGCUGGCUGGACAGCUCCAGACCAGAUUUCCUGAUCAGAGCAGCCCGGCACUAUGAGGGAGCUGAGCAGAUUCUCCGAAGACAAAUUGUCAUGACGACAAAACAGUUCAUCUACACUCAGCAAAGCGCUGUUCCCAGUGAGGGACAGUGGGUGGUAGCAGAGUGUCCUGCUAGAAUAGAUCUGUCCGGAGGAUGGAGUGACACACCACCGAUUACCUAUGAGCACGGGGGCUCUGUCACAAACGUCGCACUCCUCAUUGAUGGCAAGAAACCCAUUGGGGCAAAAGCAAGGAGAAUACAAGAGCCAGAGCUUGUUCUGGUGAUUGACAGUAACCUUGACAACAGCAGCGUGCGCCUCACCUGCACAGAACUGUCCGACAUGGAGACCUACUGCCAGCCCCAUGCACCAGGUGCCCUGUUGAAGGCCUGUGUGGUGUGUGCAGACCUGGUCACCCUCCCCUCCCCCUCCAGUCUCAGGGAACAGCUACAGACCAGACACGGGUGUGGGUUUGAGCUGCACACCUGGUCAGAUGUCCCUCACGGUUCAGGGCUGGGAACAAGCAGCAUCCUGGCAGGGGCCAUCCUGGCAGUACUGUACAAGGUCACAGGUCGGGAGGCUGACAAUCUUUCCCUCAUGCAUGGUGUUCUGUAUGUGGAACAACUUCUUACUUCAGGGGGAGGCUGGCAGGACCAAGUUGGAGGUCUGGAUCCUGCAGUGAAAAUUGGUCGCUGUAGACCUGAGGUUCCAGUGAAGGUGGAGGUUGAACAUGUUCCUGUCAGUGACGAGGGUCUUCAGGCAGUGAACAGCCGGUUGGUUCUGGUUUACACCGGCAAAACCAGAUUAGCCAGGAACCUGCUUCAGGAUGUGGUCAGGAACUGGUGAGACAUACUUACUUUUGUUUAGCUAUCUAAUUUCCAUGCUGUUUGCAAUGUGCAUUUUGGUUUUUGUCCUUCAUAUUUAAUGUGAAUAUUUUGCUUCUUUUCACACAUACUUCAGGCAAAGCUAUUGACAUGUUAAGACGGCAUAAAGUCAUGUAUAAGACUUAAAUGUCAUGUACCUAUCAAAAAGUAAUAUUGACUGAGAUCGUGCAUAUCCACCUACUAUUAAUGUACAAAUAUAUACAAUG